CUAGCAACAGCAAUAAUAUCAAAAGGAAAGUACAAAACGAUAAGGUUGAGUUUACUGAUUAACAGAAUUUUUUGCAUGUAAGAGUCGUUAUUUUCCAGAAACCAAGACAAAAUGAGCACCAGACAAGUUCUUCAAGUAUUCGAACAGUACCAAAAAGCCAGGACGACUUUCGUUCAGACUGUUGCUGACCUUUCCUCAAGACCACAGAACAUAGAAACGCUACAAAAUGCAGGUGUGAUGUCUCUUCUAAGACCUCUACUGCUAGACAUAGUACCAACCAUUCAGCAGACCGCUGCUCUUGCUCUUGGUAGACUUGCUAACUACAAUGAUGAUCUAUCAGAAGCAGUAGUAAAAGCAGACAUCUUGCCACAGCUUGUGUAUUCACUGGCUGAACAAAAUAGAUUUUACAAGAAGGCAGCUGCUUUUGUGUUGAGAGCUGUAGCUAAACACUCAGCCCAACACGCUCAGGCUGUAGUAGACUGUGGUGCAUUGGAUGCCCUGGUAAUCUGUCUAGAAGAAUUUGAUCCUGGUGUCAAAGAAGCAGCAGCCUGGGCAUUGGGUUAUAUUGCAAGGCAUAAUGCAGAAUUAUCACAAGCAGUCGUUGAUGCUGGAGCAGUACCACUAUUAGUGCUGUGCAUCCAAGAACCAGAACUGUCACUCAAAAGGGUUGCAUCAUCUGCACUCAGUGACAUCUGCAAACAUUCACCAGAGUUAGCACAGACAGUUGUUGAUGCAGGAGCUAUUGCUCAUCUUGCACAAAUGAUCCUUAAUCCUGAUGCCAAACUCAAGAGACAAGUGUUUUCAGCCCUCAGCCAAAUAGCCAAGCAUUCUGUGGAUCUUGCUGAAAUGGUUGUUGAGGCAGAGAUUUUCCCAGCUGUUUUGACUUGCUUGAAAGACAGCGAUGAAUAUGUUUGCAAAAAUGUUGCCACCCUUAUCCGAGAAAUAGCCAAACACACUCCAGAGCUAGCACAACUGAUUGUCAAUGCUGGAGGGGUUGCUGCCGUUGUGGACUAUGUUGGUGAGCGACGUGGAAAUGUACGCCUGCCAGGUAUCAUGAUGCUGGGAUAUGUUGCUGCACAUUCUGAAAACCUUGCCAUGUCCGUCAUAGUAUCAAAGGGUGUUGUUCAGCUGUCCAUCGCAAUAAGAGAGGAGCAGGAAGAUCACAUUCAGGCUGCUGGUGCAUGGGCAUUAGGACAGAUUGGACGCCAUACUCCAGAACAUGCCAAAGCUGUUGCAGUUAGCAAUGUAUUACCUAAACUACUUGAAUGCUAUUUUAGAACAGACAGUUCUGAAGAUCUACAGACUAAGUCAAAGAAAGCCCUCAAGAAUAUCCUUCAAAAGUGCACUCACCUUCCUGCGCUGGAACCUCUGUUGCACGAUGCCCCACCUAAUAUCCUCAAACAUGUUGUCGGACAGUUUGCUAAGGUGUUGCCACACGAUGCUAAAGCCAGAAGGCUGUUUGUGACAAGUGGAGGACUAAAGAAAGUGCAAGAAAUUAAGGCUGAGCCAGGCAGUGCUUUACAUGAAUACAUCAAUACUAUCAACAACUGCUAUCCAGAAGAAAUUGUCAGAUAUUACUCUCCAGGAUACUCAGAACGGCUGUUGGACCGUCUUGAACAAUACCAACCAGUGGCCUAAAUUACACCAACGACUAUAAUCUCUGAUAGAGUUUUAUUUAGAUUAUUUUUGUAUAAUAUUCAAAGUUCUUAUCUCUUGUGUAUAAAUGACUUUGGUUUGAAAUGCUGUAAGGUAUCAAUCCAUACCUUGCUCUGUCACUGUUAUUAAAGACUUCUAAUCAUCUCUUUUGAAAUUGUUCAAUAACUAAAAGCAUUUGAGCUACAGAUUUUAUACACCACUUUACUCAGCACUGUAAAUAUGUUUUGACUGUAUAUGUAAUUUAAUUAACAACACUGAGCUGCAAUUACUAUCAUUUAGUUUGCUGUAUGCAAAUGCCAAGUAUAAUUAUAAAGGCRUGAAUAAAACUGUUGUCAAAAACCUU